AUGUGUGGACUCUGGAAUACAAAAAUAGAUAUGCAGGAGACGGUAGAAGAACUGACACAAAUUUGCGUAAAAAUGCGCAGUCAUCUAAAAAAGUUUUCCGAACAGAAGGAUAAGGAGGCGGUAGUUAUAAAACAUAUUAAACGAUUCGAAGACAACGCAGCAAAUAUUCCUGAAUUUCAGAAAGGAUUGGAAUGGUUCAAUGUAUCAGAAGGAUUGUCAUUGGCUCAGCAUCUGAAAGGAAAAAUUGUGCUUCUGGACUUUUUCACAUAUUGUUGUAUUAACUGUAUGCAUGUUUUGGCUGAAUUAGAAGAAAUUGAAAAACAAUUUUCUAUAGAGGAUGGUCUUGUUGUAAUUGGAGUUCACAGUGCAAAAUUUACAAAUGAACGUGACUCAAAGAAUGUCUUAUCUGCUGUACAAAGAUAUAAUAUUAUGCAUCCUGUAGUAAAUGAUGUCACAUUAAGAAUGUGGAAUAACAUGGGUAUAACAUGUUGGCCUAGUCUCGUUAUGUUAGGACCUAAUGGUCAGCCAUUGGUAGUUCUUGUUGGUGAAGAUCAUAAAGAUGAAAUUUUAUUGUAUGCAAAAGUAAUGAUAGCAUAUUUCAAAUCUUUAAAUCAGAUAUCGAAUCACAGUCUCCCAUUGAAACCAGCACAUCAUCUUUUAUCUACUUUUAAAGAUAGUCUGUUAUUUCCUGGAAAAUUAGCUAUUCUCUCCUCUAAGCAAGGGACAAAGCUUGUUAUAUCUGACAGUGGUAACAGUAGAAUCAUGAUUACAAAUGAACACGGGAAAGUAGAGCAUAUUAUAGGUGGCUCCAAUCAGGGUUUUAAAGAUGGUGAUUUCAAAAGUGCUAAAUUUAAUUCACCUCAAGGUGUCUGUGUGUUGGAUGAUGUAAUUUACGUUGCAGAUAACAACAAUCAUGCUAUCAGGAAAAUCAAUUUGAGUGAUAAAAGUGUAUCCACUAUAGCUGGCACUGGUUCACAAAGUCACGAUUAUUGUGGCGGAAAAAACGGAACCGAUCAAGAUUUAUCGUCUCCUUGGGAUGUGGCGAUCUAUUACCAUGAAUAUAACAACACCGUUGUUCCAAUCUUGUUAAUCGCGAUAGCGGGCACUCAUCAAAUUUGGGCACUGUUUUUGGAAGAUACUAUUUGGUGGAAGGAAAAGAGAUAUAUGGCAGGCACAUGCGUUGCUAUCGUAGGAAGCGGUCGAGAGGAGAAUCGUAACAACAGUUAUCCUCAUACUGCUGGGCUAGCGCAACCUUCGGGUAUUGUGGUUGUUCAAGAAUCUAAAAUCGCAUUUCUGGCGGACAGUGAAAGCAGCUCUAUCAGACGGUUGCAUUUGGAUAGUGGUCGUGUGUCCGCUGUCUGCGGAGGCGACAAAGAUCCAGCGAAUCUACAUGCCUUUGGAGAUGUGGAUGGGAAAGAAUAUUCGGCUAAACUCCAACAUCCACUAGGAAUAGCAUGGAAUCAUUUGGAGAAACAGAUUUACGUAGCCGACACUUACAAUCAUAAAAUUAAAAGCGUGGAUGUUACGACGGGUUAUUGCAAAACAUUGUUUGGUGAUGGGAAGCCUGAUAGCAUGUUCUCUUUCAACGAACCGAGUGGUCUCGCUGUCAGUCCAGACGGUAACAUUCUUUACGUAGCCGAUACCAAUAAUCAUGCUCUUAAAGUUAUUGAUUUGAAGAACAAAAACAUUUCAAUCAUGGCUAUCUCAUCCAGACGCGAUUCCAAUAAAAACAUCGACAAUACAUUUACAUUCGACACGGCGAUUAGUACGCGCGGUGGCGAACUAAAUAUCUCAUUUAAUAUUGUAUUUUUAAGUGAGAUGAAAUUAAAUAUGGACGCACCUCAAGGAUGGAAACUGACCUUACCUGCGAAUAUGGGGACGGCGGACGUUUUGACAGGUAGACUAACGACUCCUGUCUCGAUAAAGUUUCCCGAGGGUAAAGCACAUAAUAAAUUUAGCGUCGCGUUAAACAUAAUAGCUUGUACAACGGAUACGUGUUUACCAAUGAAAUUGUCCGUGGUGUUUAACGUGCAUCGAAGCGCAGACGCGCCAACAGUCGUGACUGAAGAGAAAGAGCUCGUUGUCCGAUAAGAUUUGUAAAUUUUGGUAUACAUGGGAGAAAAAAAAUGCAACAGUAUGUUAUAAAUUAUUUGUUAUUGCCUUGGAAUAUACGUAUACAUGUAAUGUAUACACAUGUUUAUAGCAAAUAACAAUUUUAUACCAUUUAUAUAAUCUUUUAUAAAGUGCGAGAAGUUUUAUAUUUUCUGUUAUUUUAAAUCUUAAUAUAUAAAUUUCCUUCUUAUGACUUUUUGAUCGAAUUCCUCAAUAACACAGUCUUAUUGUAUUUAUCGCGUUAGCGGGCGAAUGCCUAGUGAAUCUUGUCAACCUUAAACAAUAUGAUUAUUUCCAUUAAGCACUUUUGCCAUCAAAUACACAACUGUAGCACAAAAGAGAAUGAUCCAAUAGAUUGUUAACUUAAAUCGUAUUAUAUCGCGAUCAGACCUUCGCCACCAAUUUUUCGUGUUAUCCUCCGGCGGGACUUGCGGUAACGAUGCAAAAUCCGCUGCUCCCGAUUGAAAGUAUUCGUAUAACCACGCUUUGUGACCAAUUGGCGCUGACCAACCUUUCCGACAAUGUUCUUUUAUCCACACGCUUUCUGCCAUUGUUGGAAUAUGGAGUACCUAUAAUUUUUAUGCAUUGUUAUUUAUUUUUCAAGAAUAUAUAUAUAUAUAUAUAUAUAUAUAUAUAUAUAUAUAUAUAUCAUUUACAUCUUUAUUAAUGCUGAUUUUUACUUUUUUGCAAUUGCGAUACGAUAAUACGCAUUCUUUGCCAGGAUCGAAGAUCCCGAUACCGGUAUCAUAGCAAAACGGAGGAAUAAUUUUAGUUGGUUGCUCAUUGGUUCGUAGUACUUUUCUGGCUGGUCUCAACCCAUUUACUAUGCACUUAUAAAACCUGAAAUAUUCUUACAAUCAAUAAUCUAACAAUUUAACAACUUGGUUGUAAAUUUAAUUAUACACGUCGAGUUCUUCAUUUUUCUUAUACUCCCCAUGUUUCAAAGUAUUAGAGCACGUAAUUAACAUUCUAUGAUUAUCACUUCUUUUACGUGAAGAAUAAAUAUAAAUUGUACAAAAAUAUAAUAGAGAUUUAUAUAUAUUUGCCAUUGUGUCAUAGAUCGUGGUUUCAAAUUAACGAUUGAUCACUGAGGACGAACCGUCUAUCAGGAAAUGUACAAUAAGUCCAAUUAUCUUCCUGAUAUGUUAAACCGUCCGCGAAUGUAUAACGUUUCUUUUCCAUUUUCCCGCGGUUCCAAGUACCGUCCAUUACUUGCCCACGUGGCCAAUAGAUACUUCCACGGCCAUGAAGCAUACCAUCUUGAAAUUUUCCCUCCAAUAUAACUUCUGAAAGAUACAUAGAAUAAAAUCGACUUGCGCUACACAAAAUUUUGUUUUAAAUUUAAUACAUUUUAUACGUCCCAAUUUAUCUUUUUAAUUUUUGUGUUAAUUUGACACAAGAUAAAUAUAUAAACAAAUAGCGCGCAAACAAUAUGACGAAAAUUAAUGCAAAAAUGUUACAUUUGGACGCUAUUUUAAUGCUUAAAAAUGGUGAAUAUGAAUUCAACACAGAAUAGUCAAAAUAAUAAUGACAAUGUGUUAAAUUAAUACAUAGAUAUAUUAAACACUUUUAUACAAAUUUCUAAACGGAUCGGUUUCAGCACAAAUACAAGAUGUUUUUUACCGUGUAGAUAUUUGUUAAUACAUCUUAUAAUUUCGAUAAUACAUUCCAUUUAAGAAAGCUUAAUUAUCAAAAUAAUUUGUAUUUUGCGACUAACUGUUAGACGUCACGUAUCUCCCAAUGCUUUCCUUGUCAAUCGCGUUCCAUGUUCCCUCGUAUUUUCCUCCGCUGAUAAAUCGGAUCUCCUGUAACAUCUCGAUUUCAUUUUUCUUUCCAUUAUCAUCUUGAGUCAUUUCGUUCAACGACAUGUCGCUACUUUGCCUUCUUAAUAGGAUAUUUUCAAGAUGAUUUAAUCGUUCCUCGAUUUUUAAAGUCAAUACGUAGUCAUUACAACUGUAAAACAAAUACAUAAUUUCUUAAAAUUUACAUCAUGUUUUUAUAUAUUCGGUUUUUAUUAUUUACUUAUCUAAAAAUCACAAAAAUCAUGUAUUUCUCUAAUUACUAUUUCUCUAAUUUUGAUAUUGGAUAAUUUUUGUGACGUUUGUUGAGAAAUGGAUUGACAAAAGAUCGAAAAUUUAUUAGAUUUGCUAAAAGCAUUUGCACAGUUUCUGCUCCAAACAAUGUUACAUAAAAAAGAAAAUCAUUGUCGCAGUGAGCUUUAGCUCUAAGUAUCAGCAUAAAUGAACACGCAUCUCUUUCAAAAUAUGUUUUUCUUUUGUGUGCGAAUUGAUCUCGAAGAGGAUGUGCAAAUAGCACUUUUAAGCAUCGCUUGCUUAAGGCGACUAUACAACGUGGUUUAUCGCCGCUUUAUCGUUUAGCACCGCUCGAAUAGUCGGCUGCGAGUGUACAGAAGAAACGCAAACGCGCGAACUGAGCCACCAACCGGGACUUCGUUUAUCCUUACAGGAUGACCUCGUUGCCUGGUAUUCCGGGUGAUCUCGGUCGAUUCAUAGUAGUCUCUCGCCUGUGGGACACACGAACGACGCGUGAACCAGGGAAGAGAGGCGCACACAUACAGAGACAGGCGCGUCUCUCGAAUUCGAGAACACGCGAAUGUAAAAUAGCACGGCCGUUCGUGCAUCGCGCAUUCUUAUAUCCGCCGACACGUAAUUCAAUGAGAUUUUGGACGACGAGCGCGCUGCGAACACGUAUUCGUAACACGGACAACACAGCGAGGAGACCGUUAUGUCUCUCGUAUUUCUAUGAGAGAAAGAGAGAGAAUGAGAGAGGCCAUCCUAUACUCGUGCCGCAUAUACUACUGUUAUGUGUCGAAAAGUGGUACAUUCCGGUAUAUAUGUGCCGAGGAAUAUUCGCCAAGUUUCGCGCUCUCGAUACUAACGGCGGCGUCCGCUUGAAAGUAUCGCUUUAAACAGUAUAGACGCGUGGAUACCUUAUUAAGAUAUCGCCAGAUUUGUCUUCUUCGGGCAGUUCCGCGCGAAUGACGUACGCGAUGAAUGAUAAACGCGCAGUGAUAAUCGACUCGUUUCCUAUCGAGAUGGUCACAUGCGAUUCGCUUCUUUCCCCGGCUUCACGGCAACUGGAAACUGGGACUGUGUAAAAUGGUACUCUAUUUUGAAGUCUGUUUAAUAAGUAAUCGUCAUAUUGAAAGAACUUCGGAAUCGAUGUGCGAAUCGUCGACUCAACGCCCGAGUCGUGCGAAAUGGUACUUUGUUCAUUUGUUAUAGUUGUGUUAUAUUCUGUGUUACAUAUGUUAUAUAAAGAUAUCUCAAUUAGUGACCAAGUAAUUUUACCAUAAAAAUAAAUUAAUCAAAUUAAUGAUGUAUGUGUCAAAUACGCAAAAUGGAUUUUUGGCAAGCUUGAACAUUUGAGGUUUUAAUUGUAUUACAUUUUUCUUUAAUUUAUAUGAGGAAAGAUUUAUAAUAUUCUUCGAAAAUGAUUGAUAUACUAUUUUAGUGAUAUGAAUUUUGAACUGAUAUGAAUCAGUUUUGUCCGAAUUUGUGACAUAAUUUGAUCAUUAAUUGCGACAAGUCUCAAUUAAUGAUCAAAUAACAUCUUACUGCGAAAAUAAAUAAAUAAUAAUAUAAAAUUAUA